AUGGAUCUACGAAUAUUUUUGAGGAGUCACGGGCCUCUAAGGAGAGAAGGUGGAAUAGAGGGAUGGGAGAUGGGUUGGGAGAGGGGAGGAGAGGAGCAGAGUGGUGAGGCAAAUUGUGGGUACGGCAAGACAAACUCUGGAGGUGUGGGUGUUCCUACUUCUGCUCCUGGUUCUGCUACUGUCGUUGGUUGUAAAACAGUAAGCGAGAAAAUUGAAAAGCUUAUCUGGCAUUUAUUUAUGAUUAUUGUUGUUACUAAUGAAUAG